AUGUCGGACCCGGCCCCGCCUCCUCCACCUCCUCGCGCUCCCCUUUCGGACGCCGAAAUCGCCAGCGGCCUCAAGGCCCUCCGCCAGAACUUCAAGGUCGCCGCCAUCGCCCACUGGGCCGUCCUGUUCGGCCACCACGUCGGCUUCGAGUUCGACACCGAGGCGUUCGAGCUGGACCUUCUCGGCGUCAAGCCCGACACCCAGGUCCCCGAGCUCCUCGGCAAGAUCCUCAACACGCUCGCCAACGACCGCAACACCAAGUGCGUCCUCGCCUGUCCCCUCGCGCCACACCUCGCGACGCCGCGCUGA